AGGGCGGGAGAAAGGGCUGAAAGCCGGCCCGGGGCGGGGGGAGUCCCCUUGGUGGCCUCGUCGGGAGCAAUUCUAGGGACUGGAAUCACCCGCUCCGCAUGGGAGGGGCGGUACCCCGUCCGGAAGAAGCCUGCGGCGGCGCAGAGGUGCCAGCAGGGGGCGCGAGCCGAUGGGCCACCCCCGGGGCUAAAGGCCGGUGGUCCCUCCCAGGUCUGGAGUGCGGCGUGGCCUCGCAGCCGGAUUCCCCCCACCCCAACCCUCCCCCCUCUCACUCUCACCUAGUCACCUCCCCGCCUAGUCGGCGGGUCCCUGAGGUGCGCGGCGCAGGCGCGGAGCGAGGCGGUGAGUGCGGCAGCCAAGCCUGGGCCUGGGGCCUGGCCGUCAGGGCGUGAGGCGCGCGGGAGGGAGAGGGGCUGCCCUGCAGGAGCGCCCGGGAGCGCGAGGGCCACAGUGGCGCGGCCCCUCCUCCCGCGCUCGGGCGCCUUGGCCGCCGCCGCCUCGAAGCUGUGCCUGGGCUGGCCGGACAGGCCCUGGGGUCCCGGCUAUUUUUUUACCAUCUGUGAAAACUUCCCUGUAAUUCAUUUCUCCUCACCACAGUAUUAAGAAUUAUACCAAAUUGAAAAGAUAUGAAUGAAUAUCCUAAAAAAAGAAAAAGGAAGACAUUACACCCUUCUCGUUACUCAGAUUCCUCUGGAAUAAGCAGAAUUGCAGAUGGAUUCAAUGGAAUUUUUUCUGAUCAUUGUUACAGUGUUUGUUCUAUGAGACAACCAGACUUAAAAUAUUUUGACAACAAAGAUGAUGAUUCUGAUACAGAGACAUCAAAUGACUUGCCAAAAUUUACAGAUGGGAUCAAGGCCAGAAAUAGAAAUCAGAACUACCUGGUUCCCAGUCCUGUACUUAGAAUUCUAGACCACACUGCCUUUUCUACAGAAAAAUCUGCUGAUAUUGAAAUUUGUGAUGAAGAGUGUGACUCACCUGAAUCAGUCAACCAACAAACUCAAGAAGAGAGUCCUAUAGAAGUUCACACCGCUGAAGAUGUUCCAAUUGCUGCAGAAGUGCAUGCAAUUUCUGAAGAUUAUGAUAUAGAAACAGAAAACAAUUCCUCUGAGAGUCUCCAAGACCAAACUGAUGAGGAGCCGCCAUCUAAACUUUGCAAAAUUCUUGACAAGAGCCAAGCUUUGAAUGUGACUGCCCAGCAGAAGUGGCCUUUACUGAGAGCUAAUAGCAGUGGCCUCUAUAAAUGUGAACUUUGUGAGUUCAACAGCAAAUAUUUUUCUGACUUAAAGCAGCAUAUGAUCCUGAAGCAUAAGCGUACUGAUUCAAAUGUAUGUCGAGUAUGCAAGGAAAGUUUCUCUACCAACGUGCUUCUGAUCGAGCACGCCAAACUGCAUGAAGAGGAUCCCUACAUUUGUAAAUACUGUGAUUAUAAAACAGUGAUUUUUGAGAACCUCAGCCAGCAUAUUGCAGACACCCAUUUUAGUGACCACCUUUAUUGGUGUGAGCAGUGUGAUGUACAGUUCUCCUCAAGCAGUGAACUCUACCUACAUUUCCAGGAGCACAGCUGUGAUGAACAGUACUUGUGUCAGUUUUGUGAACAUGAAACAAAUGAUCCAGAAGACUUGCAUAGCCACGUGGUAAAUGAACAUGCAUGUAAAUUAAUUGAGUUAAGUGAUAAGUAUAACAAUGGAGAACAUGGACAGUAUAGCCUCUUAAGCAAAAUUACCUUUGACAAAUGUAAAAACUUCUUUGUAUGUCAAGUAUGUGGUUUUCGGAGUAGACUUCAUACAAAUGUUAACAGGCAUGUUGCUAUUGAACAUACUAAAAUUUUUCCUCAUGUUUGUGAUGACUGUGGGAAAGGCUUUUCAAGUAUGCUAGAAUAUUGCAAACAUUUAAAUUCACAUUUAUCUGAAGGGAUUUAUUUAUGUCAAUACUGUGAAUAUUCAACAGGACAAAUUGAAGAUCUUAAAAUUCAUCUAGAUUUUAAGCAUGCAGCUGACUUACCUCAUAAAUGUAGUGACUGCUUGAUGAGGUUUGGAAAUGAGAGGGAAUUAAUAAGUCACCUUCCAGUCCAUGAGACAACUUGAUUAUUUUCUUUAACUGCCAUAAUAUUAAUGUAAAAUAAUAAAUUUGACUUUUGGAGAUGUUAAAAUAGAUGAUUUUAAGCAACUUACGAGAAUCGUCUUUAACAAGUAAGAUUUUUUUUAAUUGUCCCAUUUUCUUAGCAUUGCUACAUUUUUCAUUACAUUUAUAAUGGUAUCCUAAAUGUGGUAUUUUCAAUGCAGGUAGUUCAUAGUUUUAACCGCUAUUGGUGUCGUCUUGUUUCUUACAUAAGCUCUGAUUUCAUGAAUUGAUGAGAAAGAGAUAUACUAAAGAAACUAGACCACAGUUUUCCUUCUGUAACCAUGAGUGCUAUUAACUUUUUUAAACUCAAGCUCAAUUUUUUAUAUAUAAAGUCAUUAAAAUGCAACGUAACAUACAAUUAAGUCCACUGAUACUCCCAUUAAUAAGAACCCAGACUCUCCCUCUUGCAUGCCCCAUCAGGAAUUAUCGUCAAGACUGUCAGUAGACUCUCCAUCUGUGUAAUUCUUUUAAUAACACUAGGAGGCAAAUGUUACAAUAGGAAGCAAAGAUCCAGUUUUGUUGGCAGUCUUUAUUUUAUUGUUUCAACCCCUAUCCAUGAGUUAAAUAAUUUAAGAUAGGAGUGAGGAGGAACUGGUAAGGGCAUUGACAAUAAAAAGUAACAUUUUAUAACUCACAACCUGUUCACAAUUUAUUUUAAAUUAAGCAACAGCAAAGUCAGCCCAAACUUCUGAUGUCAAAUCAUUUAUUAACUGAGAAAACCCACUAUAGUGGGUAUAUUAACACUGUAGUGUUAACAUAGAAUUAUGAAGAUCUGAGAGAUAAGGUGUUCCUGGCCUUUCUUCUUGGCUUGUAGAUGGCGGUCUUUAUUCACGUGCUGUUCUCUUUGUGUACAAGUCUGUCUCCCAAAUUUCCCUUUUUAUAAGGUCACCAGUCAUAACUGGAUUAGUGCUAACGCUAAUGAUCUUAUUUUAACCUAGUAAAGACCUUAUCCGCAAAUAAGCUCAUAUUUUGAGGUACUGGGGCUCAGGACUUCAACAUAUGAAUUGGAGGAUGGGAGGAAGAGACAUAACAACUACAAUUCAAUAGCAGCUUCUUAAAUAGCAGUAUCACAAAAAUAGAAUUUUGUCUAUCAUUGGACUCCAAUAAACACUGCUGCUAACAAUAUUCUUGUUCAGGAAUAUUGAUAUAGUUGAAGAGACCAAUUUACAACAUAUGGUUCUCCCACUACAAGAACCAUGGAAAUGUAGCCUAUUUUGAGAAUGGUGGCAGCAACAAGUUUUUUAAAAACCAUUUUUAUCUCUACAAUUGUCAUAUAUUGUAUAGUUAUAUUCCUAGAAACUCAUCUGAUUGGAACAUUCCAGGUAGGGUUACCUGAUAGAAAUGUUUCUUAGAAGACUUAAAAUCAUAGUGGUUUAAACAGGCAGGGAAUCUUAGAAACCAUUUGGUGUAAACCCUCCAGUUUUCUAUUGUAGAAAUAGGCCAAGGUCACAACAUCAGUUGUAGCAGACAGGAGUGGAAUCCAAGUUAUUUGGCUUCUAGUCUAGUGUUGUUUCCAUUACACCAUGUUACAUUAAGAUCUAAGGUUUGUCCUUGGUGUGUUUUCCAUGACUACUUAGCCACUCGGCUACCUUCUUGGUAAUUCUGUUUUUAUGCUUUUUUUGAUAUACAUCCAGCUUCAGGAAUUUUAUUUUCAGGAAACAAACUUUAAAUAAGUAAUGCCUUGGUGGGUUGUUUUUUUGUUUUUUUUUUUUCCUCAGUUCUGUAUUUUACUGCUUUACAUUUGAUCACAUUAGUAAUCAAAGUGAUUGUAAGGAAACCUCAGGAAAUAUUAAUCCAAGUUUUAGAACCAUAUAUAAUUUUGUACUUUUUGAUGAAUCUGCAGCUUAAGGCCACAUCUCACUGACAGUUUGUCCAAUAAAAACUUUUUACUUUGA